AUGGCUUCAUGCCACGAGCCAUCUGCAUUCAAGAGUCUCUGUGCUCAUUCUUCAACUCUAACAACUUCAUUUGAUGUGUCACCAUAUGCCUCAGCUUUUCAUCUUCCAAUUCAUCCAGCUCUCCUAUCUAACUCUCAUCUCUUACAUUUAAACACUUAUACUCCAACAUCUUAUGAUCCUACGGAACGACUAUUUGAACAAAACAACAACAACAGUGAGAAAGCUGAGUCUUGUUCAUCAAGAGGCAGUAGUCAUGAUUCCUCAUCCCCUACAUCCACUGGUGGAAGUAGUAGUCGAGAUAACGUUAUCGUGAGGAAUGAAUCAAAACGGAAGAAGGAUCAAGUAAAAGACGAAGCAUACUGGGAGCGCCGUCGAAAGAACAAUGACGCAGCAAAAAGAAGUCGUGAUCAACGAAGAAUCAAAGAAGACGAAAUGGCGUGUAGGGCAGCGAACCUGGAACAUGAGAACAUGUUGCUUCGUGUGGAACUCGAUCAGCUACGGGCUGAAACUGAUAAGCUCAGGACGUUAAUCCUCACUACACCAUCUACAUCUAUCACUAUUCCAAUCCCUCUCCCCCCAGUUGCCCCAGCAGCAUCUCUUCUAACAGCACAGCCUCCAUCAUCAGUGAUAACAACUAGUCAAAUCUUUGCUCCUCUCCCACUCAAAAUUCCAACCACUCCUCCACCUACAUCUCUUCUUCGAAGCACUGUACUUGUUAGCAACUCUUUGAAAACAUGA